AUGUUCUCCACCAAGAACAUCGCCAUUCUACUCCCCGGCCUGACCCCAUCCGCCAUAGCCCUCCCGAACAGCAGCCCCGCCUCGCCCCUGGCCGUACGGGACGACCUCUGCGGUGCCUCGUCCUUCAAUGCCGUCCCCAACCCGGCCCCGCUUGCGGACUGCCAAGGGCUGCUACCCACCAUCGUCGACGUCAACCUCGACCACCCCGGCGGCGUUGUGCACCUCUUCCAGAACGGCGCCUGCUCCGUGUGGAUCUACAGCGAUGUGCCGAUCAGCUUCCGCGGCCAGGACAUCAGCGAUAUCUUAACUGUCACUAUCGAUGACUGGACUACGAAUGGCUUGACUGGUGCUGCGGGCAUUGUUGGAUGCUCCGGCGGUACUCUUUCUUGGACUAUUGUUGUCUAG